GAGGGGGUGGGGCCUCGGAGCCGGGCCAGGUCCGGGUGCCGCGAGGAGCGAGCCAGUGGGGCGUCUGGGGUCGGGCUGGAGGGGAUCAGACUGGGGGACGCGUCCGGGGACGCCUUAGGGCCUGACUGGGGGACGUCCCGAGGAUCGGCUUGCCUUGUGCCAUGGACUGGCAGCCUGACCAGCAGGGCCUGCAGCAGGUCCUGCAGCUGCUCAAAGACUCGCAGUCGCCCAACACAGCCACGCAGCGCAUAGUGCAGGAUAAACUCAAACAACUCAACCAGUUUCCUGACUUCAACAACUACCUGAUCUUCGUGCUGACCAGACUCAAAACGGAAGAUGAGCCCACGCGCUCCCUCAGUGGCCUCAUCCUGAAGAACAAUGUGAAGGCCCAUUACCAGAGCUUCCCGCCUCCUGUGGCCGACUUCAUCAAGCAAGAGUGUCUCAAUAACCUCGGUGAUGCCUCCUCCCUCAUCCGGGCCACCAUUGGUAUUCUCAUCACCACCAUCGCUUCCAAGGGUGAGCUGCAGAUGUGGCCUGAGCUGCUACCCCAGCUGUGUAACCUGCUCAACUCAGAGGAUUACAAUACUUGUGAGGGGGCCUUUGGAGCCCUGCAGAAGAUCUGCGAAGACUCCUCGGAGCUUCUGGAUAGCGAUGCUCUCAACAGGCCCCUAAACAUUAUGAUCCCCAAGUUCCUGCAGUUCUUCAAGCACUGCAGCCCCAAGAUCCGAUCCCAUGCCAUCGCCUGUGUGAACCAAUUCAUCAUGGACCGGGCCCAGGCGCUGAUGGACAACAUUGACACCUUCAUCGAGCACUUGUUCGCCUUGGCUGUGGAUGACGACCCCGAGGUGCGGAAGAACGUGUGCCGAGCCCUGGUGAUGCUCCUGGAAGUGCGGAUCGACCGGCUCAUCCCCCACAUGCACAGCAUCAUCCAGUACAUGCUGCAGAGGACCCAGGACCACGAUGAGAACGUAGCCCUUGAGGCCUGUGAGUUCUGGCUGACGCUGGCUGAGCAGCCCAUCUGUAAGGAGGUCCUGGCCUCCCACUUGGUCCAGUUGAUCCCCAUCCUUGUGAACGGGAUGAAGUACUCCGAAAUCGACAUCAUCUUGCUCAAGGGUGAUGUGGAGGAGGAUGAGGCGGUGCCUGACAGCGAGCAGGACAUCAAGCCGCGCUUCCAUAAAUCACGCACGGUAACGCUGCCCCACGAGGCUGAGCGGCCUGAUGGGUCUGAGGACACAGAGGAUGAUGACGAUGACGACGCUCUGUCUGACUGGAAUCUGAGGAAGUGCUCUGCGGCUGCCCUCGAUGUCCUUGCCAACGUGUUCCGGGAGGAACUGCUGCCCCACCUACUCCCCCUCCUCAAGGGCCUUCUGUUCCACCCUGAGUGGGUGGUCAAGGAGUCCGGCAUCCUGGUGCUGGGAGCCAUUGCCGAAGGCUGCAUGCAGGGCAUGGUGCCCUACCUGCCGGAGCUGAUCCCACACCUUAUCCAGUGCCUGUCGGACAAGAAGGCUCUGGUCCGCUCCAUUGCCUGCUGGACACUGAGCCGUUAUGCCCACUGGGUGGUCAGCCAGCCUCCCGACAUGCACCUUAAACCUCUGAUGACGGAGCUGCUCAAGCGCAUCCUGGACGGCAACAAGAGGGUGCAGGAAGCAGCCUGCAGUGCCUUCGCCACCCUGGAGGAGGAGGCCUGCACGGAGCUGGUGCCCUACCUCAGCUACAUCCUGGACACCCUUGUCUUUGCCUUUGGCAAGUACCAGCAUAAGAACCUGCUCAUCCUCUAUGAUGCCAUUGGCACCCUGGCUGACUCCGUGGGCCACCACCUCAACCAGCCGGAAUACAUCCAGAAGCUUAUGCCCCCACUGAUCCAGAAGUGGAAUGAACUGAAGGAUGAGGACAAGGAUCUCUUCCCGCUGCUGGAGUGCCUAUCGUCAGUGGCCACCGCCCUGCAGAGCGGCUUCCUGCCCUACUGUGAGCCCGUUUACCAGCGCUGCGUCACCUUGGUGCAGAAGACGCUGGCCCAAGCCAUGAUGUACACCCAGCACCCUGAGCAGUACGAGGCCCCCGACAAGGACUUCAUGAUUGUGGCACUGGACCUGCUCAGCGGCCUGGCUGAGGGCCUGGGUGGCCAUGUGGAGCAGCUGGUGGCCCGAAGCAACAUCAUGACACUGCUCUUCCAGUGCAUGCAGGACUCCAUGCCUGAGGUGCGGCAGAGCUCCUUCGCCCUCCUGGGGGACCUCACCAAAGCCUGUUUCAUCCAUGUCAAGCCCUGCAUUGCCGAGUUCAUGCCCAUCCUGGGCACCAACCUGAACCCUGAGUUCAUCUCUGUCUGCAACAAUGCUACCUGGGCCAUUGGGGAGAUCUGCAUGCAGAUGGGGGCUGAGAUGCAGCCCUACGUGCAGAUGGUCCUCAACAACCUAGUGGAGAUCAUUAACCGGCCCAACACACCCAAGACGCUGCUGGAAAACACAGGUCGCCUGACGAGUCCCUCUGCCAUUCCAGCCAUCACCAUUGGCCGCCUGGGCUACGUGUGCCCACAGGAGGUGGCACCCAUGCUGCAGCAGUUCAUCCGGCCUUGGUGCACAUCCCUCAGGAACAUCAGGGACAAUGAGGAGAAGGACUCAGCCUUCCGGGGCAUCUGCAUGAUGAUUGGUGUCAACCCUGGGGGCGUUGUGCAGGACUUUAUUUUCUUCUGCGAUGCUGUAGCCUCCUGGGUAAGCCCGAAGGAUGACCUUCGGGACAUGUUUUAUAAGAUCCUCCAUGGCUUCAAAGACCAAGUGGGGGAGGAGAACUGGCAGCAGUUCUCAGAGCAGUUCCCGCCGCUGCUCAAGGAGAGGCUGGCGGCUUUCUAUGGGGUCUAGGCGGACAGGGAGACUGCCAGGUUUCUGUCUGCAUCGUCGGAGGGAUUGCUAGUGAGCGCGCUGCGUCCAGAAGUCGCUGUGCCCUGGUCGAGGGGGGUUAGGGAGGAGUGAGUGGGACCCAAAUCCAGACGCCUUCCCUGUUGGUCCGUCCGUCUGUCCACCUGCCACACUGGGCCUGUCUGGCCAGUGCCCGGGCAGAUGGGCGGGGCCCCCAUGCUCAUCCUACACAGGGAGGGGGUGGGACUUCGUGGUGGGCAGAAGGCCCUGUCAGGCGUCUCAGGCCAGCCCACGUGGGUCAGCCACAAGGGAGGGAGGAAGCCACACAGCCGACCAAGUCCGGCUUCGGGUGAGGCGGGGAUGGCAGGCGGGAGGGGGGUCCUUGUAGAGAUGCGUACACUCUCACGUUCACACACGUGGCCACACGCAUGUGCGGGCACUGCCCCGCCAUUCCCCCGACUGCAUGGAGACAGUAGAAUUAGUGAACCCCUGAGUUACGCCGUUCGGCCUUCCGUGUAACCUGCACCUAGAGUCUAAGAAGCUUCCGCUGUGUUGCUGGAAUCGGCGGUGAUGGGAGAGGGCUGGGGGUUUGGGGGGCCUCCGCCAGGCGCAGGACCUGGGGCGGGGGACGGUCACCUUGGGCUGCCUUGUCAGCACAUGCACGCUUUGGACCUGCUCUGCAAACUUCCUCCCAGCUCCAUGGAAGCCUCAGCCAACUAAUGUGUCCCUGUUCUUGUCCCAUCCCCACCGGCAGAGUGGGGACCACCUGAGCAGCAGGACUGGCCAGAGGUCACCCUGUCUCUCUCCCCCAUGCUCCAGGGGUGGGAUCUUCUGAAGAGAGCUGGAGGCCAUGAACUGCCGGCACCUGCUCCUUUCUCUGGAAGCUGUGUCAAGGGCGGGCGGGCUCUGUGCCCCAGAGACCUUCCUCAAGGUUGGGGGCAUUGAGCAUGUGGUGAUAGAGAAUGUAGGCUUACGCUUUGCCAGCGGGAAGUCAGCUGAGGGCUUGGAGAAGAGGGCAGUGGGGGAGCAACCCCUGCCCCCCUUUCUGUCCCUCUGGGACACCUUGCUCAUCACAGUGCCCAGUGGACCCAAAGACCCCACAAGACUGGGACAGUGAUCCCAGAGAAACUUCUGGGAUGCAGGGGGGAUGCAGUCUCAGUGGGAGGGACUCCCCUACAGAAGGGGGCAUAGUUUUUUCCAAGUUGGCCAGAUAACUGGGCCCUGCAGCCCCCUUAAUGUGUUUUUUUCUAUCUUCCCCCUUUCCUGCUCUUUACUCUUUUGGGGGCCCCUUGUGUUUUGGGGUCAGCUGGAGUCCUGCGUCCCUCAGCUUGCUCCAUCCACCAUGCCAAGGGCCUUGGACCCCAGACCCAUCCUGGCCCGGUGAUCUCAGGCCAGGCCUGCCUCUUGCAAGGGGCACUUAGUGCACAUUCCAUAACUCAGCUAGUGGUCCCUGCCCCCACCCCAAAUGAGCAGGUCUCUGGAAGCCAUUUGUUUUAAAAAAAUUUUUAAAAUACCAUUUAGCUUUCUGGUAAUUACAAUUCUCUGAAGCACCCUCCACUGGGUCUAGGAGUCUGCAUGGAUUGGCUAUCUGAUAGUAUUGGUGACCCCCUCUCCCCAGGUUGGGGGUUCCAGCCACCUUCAGGGAAGGGGAGUCUGGUUCUUCUAGUUUUCUUUCCUUUUUUUUUUUUUUUUUUUUUCUUUUUUAAGAAAGGUAUUUAAUUUUUUAAUUUAUUUUUGGUUGGUUUUUGCACAACGAAGUUUCAGCUUCUCAACCUUCUUCCCUGCCCAGGGCUGUGGACCAGCCUGGCCUCGAUCCGCAGUCCUCCCUGCUUCCCAAACCCCUCCUUACCCGACUACCCUGUGGGCUCCUGGCUCUGUCCAUUUGUUACCGUGCUGUGCUGGGGAUUGGCGCCGAGGCGGCGUGAGAUUCCACUUGUGUAGAACUUUGUUGAGUAAAGAUCAGUUUCUUGUGAAA